GGCGCGGCGGCGGCGGCGGCCAUGACGCGGAGCUGCUCCGCGCUGGGCUGCACCGCCCGCGACACCGGGCGGAGCCGCGAGCGCGGCAUCUCCUUCCACCAGUUCCCGGUGGACGCCGCGCAGCGCCGCGAGUGGAUCCGCGCCGUGAACCGCGUGGACCCGCGGAGCCGCCGGGCGUGGCGGCCCGGCCCCGGCGCCAUCCUCUGCUCCCGACACUUCGCCGAGGGGGACUUCGAGCGCUACGGGCUGCGGCGGAAGCUGCGGCGGGGCGCCGUGCCCUCCCGCUUCCUCCCCUCGGUGCGGGCGGGAUCCGGGCGCGCUCCCCGCUGCCGCCGGGGUCCCGCCGUGCGCCCUGACCUCCCCUCUCUUCCCCCGCCAGGAGCCGCCGGGCGCCGGCCGCAGGAGGAGCGGGAGCCCCGGCCGAGCGCUGAAGCAGCCGCUGCCCAGCCCGCCCGCCGGGGACCACAACUACAGCCUGCAGGGCCAGCGGGCGGCCGGGCCGGCGCCGCACGCCCCGCGGCUCCAGCAGCCGCCGCCCGCCGCCGGGAGAGGCGGCCCCGCGCCGCGGCGCAGGAGCGUGCCCAGCUUCCUCAGGGAGCUGGUGGAAAAGCGGCUGCUCUCUGGGGAAAUCAUUUGCCUCGAGAGUUGCACAGCUGGAGGCAGAUGGCAGACUACUCACCAGAAAUGAGGCAAUUUGCUUGUCUUCUCCAUCUCUACCAUAUUAAGGCCUAUGAUUACCUACGGAAGAUUCUUCCCCUCCCUCAUCCUUACAGCCUGACAAACUGGCUGUCUAAUAACGAGGCUGCUGCGGGCUUCAGCAGUGACAUUUUUCUCCAGCUUCAGGAAAAGGUGGAGAGAGGGGAUCAGGCGUGCCGCUACUGCGCCGUGCUGGUGCAGGACGUGUCCCUGCAGAAGCAGCAGCAGUGGGACCCACAGAGCAAGCAGCUGAUGGGCUUUGUUGACUUGGGAGCAGGCGUCCUUGACGCCGACGAAGCUCCGCUGGCCUCGGAAGCGAUAAUCCUCAUGGCAGUCGGCAUCUGGAGCCCUUGGACAGCUCCCCUGGGCUAUUUCUUGGUGAGCAGCACGUCCGGCUGCUUCCUCGCUCAGCUCCUUCGUCAGGCCAUCCAUAAACUGAACAGCGUUGGGAUCGUGGUCCUGGCUGUGACAGCGGGUGCCUCUGCUCGUGGUGCUGAGACUGCCAGAGCUUUGGGCAUCAGGAUAGAUCCCAAAAGGAUUCAGUGCACCUUCCAGCAUCCACCUGGCUCUGCUCACAGCAUCGCGUACUUCUUUGAUGUUCGGCAUGCCCUCCUGCUGAUAAGGAAUGCUCUGCAGUGUUUCCAGAAGGUCGAGUGGCUCGGUGACCCCGUGUGGUGGCAGCACGUGGUGGAGCUGGCAAAUUUGGGCGAGCAGAAGGUGUUGGAGUCGGGCAGGGCUGGGAGUAAAGGGAGUUACCACCUGAAGGUCAACCUUGCCAGCCUGCUGUUCAGCGAGGGUGCUGCUGAGGCACUGGAGCACCUCCAGAAGCUGGGCCUGGCCUCGUUUCAGAACUGCAGCGGGACUGUCAAGUUUGUGCGUCUGAUGAGCUCCCUGUGCAAUGUAUUUUAUGGCAGAGGUCCCUAUGGAAAGGAGCCUUUGCUAGCUGGGAACUACACGAAAAUCAGCAACCUCUUUGAUGAGGCCAGGAGCUGCUUUGUCAACUUAACAGACUCGGUAGGGAGAUACAUUAUUAAGAGCAAACGCAAACUGGGAUUUCUGAGCUUCUUGCUCAAUGCUGAAAGCCUCAAGUGGCUUUCCUCCAACCACACAUGUCCAAAAGGCACUCCUUCCCACCACCUCCACACACGUGCUUUCAGCCUGGACCCUCUGGAGCAGUUUCUGAGGGCUCUCCAGCAAGCCUGUGGCAGCAGUGGCAGCCCCACCUGCGCUGUGUUCCAGGCUGCUUACCACAAACUGCUGGCCAGCUGCAGCCUGGCCCCCGGCUCACCACCCAGCAGUGGCCCUGCCAGCCCCUGGGAUGUAGCCCUGUCUCAGGGGAGAGCUGUGACUCUGGGCAGCAUUCGUGCUCAGUGUCACCCAGCUCCUGGGAGGACUGUGGCCCCAGAGCACCCCUACAGCACAGGCCUGCUUUUGCCCAGCUCUGCCCUGAGCGACGCGCUGACAGAUCUGUCGCUGUGCGCACAGAGCCUCACCUGCAUGGCUGGCUGGGUGGCCGAGCAGUUGGCCUUGGACUUGCAGUGCGAGGCUUGCCUUGCCUCUCUGUUUGAGGCAGAUGAGAGCAGGCUAAGAUGCAGGUCAGUGCUCUACGUAAAAAAGUUAGGUGGUGUGAGUCUGCCCUCAGCCAGCGUGCACCACAUAACAAGCAUUUCAGAACAAGUCCUAAACCGAUACAGCAAAGUAGGAGGUGCCAACAAAAAUACCAAGCUGUGGCAUUUGUGUCUAGAACAGAAAGUCUUCCAGGAGCUUCUGGAAGAGAGCCCCCUCUUUCCCACCCUCACAAAGCAUUUAUUUGAGGAGGAGCUAAGCAUCAACAACCACUACACACUCUUAGUAAAGGAAAUAACACGGUGUUACUUAAAUCUAAGAACAUGCCCCACCCAACACCUGAAUUUAAAAUACCCUUGUGGAAAGUACAAAUUGAAGAGACUGAAGGGAAAGCAUUUGUUUCCAUCACCAUUGGGUAGCUGUCAGUGAAGCUAAGCACACACUUGGUCUGAGUACUCUGUGGUUCCAAGGAUGGCUGUUCCUUGUUUAGGCUCAGUGCUGGACAGAUCUAGGCAACACACAUGAGGAAACAAUGCUGGCAAAACUAGUAUUGAUAAGCAGUGAUGUUUUGGGCCACUGCAAAUCCCCUAAUCAGAGCUUAACUGAGCAAAGCAAGGAAGUUUAUCCCAUUUGCUGUCCUUUCUAUCAGUCCUGCAAAGCAGCCACAAAUUUCAUGAAAUUUAGAAGGCAGGUCAGGAUGAGCCAGGGUUGCUCCAGGUGCUUGGGGCAGGGGUAGGAGACUGCAGUGUUCCUGGAAGUGCUGGGUGGUUUCAGUGCUCCACGUGCUCUUGCCAGAAGAAAACUGAUAGUUGGUGGGGUUGCAGGAAAUCACAUGCACUGGCACUUUGAUUUCACCAAAAAGAUGUGCUUUAUAAAAGCUGGGGGCAGGAGAGCUUGCAGAGCUUCUACUUAAAUAGGAAAACAAAGAUGGGAGAAGAAAGUGCACUCAAGUUGUACACAAGCUCUAAUCUCCUUUCCAAUAUGUCUUAUCAAACAGCUAAAGAUACUGGUCCAGUCUAGAUCCUCUGGCUCAGUGCUGAGCCUGUGACCAGAUUGCUGUGUCCAGUGGCAUCCAGGAGCACCAAUGCCCUCCUCCAGGGGCAGGAACACAUGGGUGUGCUACAGCAGGGAAAGCAUUUCAGUUCCCAUUUCAUGGUCCCAUCCUCCCAGGGCUGGCCUGUGUCCUGCAGCCCAGGGCACACAGCACCCUCCUUUCAGUGUUUCCACUGAGCACUUGAACCACAGCUUUGGUGCCACCAAGUAGGACAGGCUGCUUCAGUUGGUUCAUUUCCAUGGCAAGGAAGCUGCCUCCAGUGCUUUGCCUGGAACAGCAAAGUUUAGCAGAACUGCUGCUAAAGUUUUGCUGCCAUGCAAAACUGGAGUUGCAUCCAUAGAGGUGGAAGGCAACAAAUUCCCACAAAACGUGCUGUUCAGUCACUCUUAAGAUCCAUGAUGGAGCUGGGAUGAAAACUGGUGAUCUGCCACAUCCUAGGGCAGUAAUAAUAUAAAAGGUAUCCUUCUGCCUACCAGUGACUUGACAAAACUCCCUGGUUGGUUUGGGUUUCUCCUCCUUCCCUUAGUUUUGCUGUAUCCAACCCUUCAAGCUCUGCUUUGAGAGCAGCAGCACCACAGAAAUUCAUACAAUCAGUGCUGGGAGGAACAAUCCAGAACCUCUGGGCUUUUUUUUUCCCCAGUCCAAAUAUCUAUGCAAAAAACCACGUUGAAGCCAUCACAGUCAUGGAGCCAUUCCAGCUACAACAGACUUUGCAGGAAACUAUUCCCUCCCCUCUACAUGUGAUUUUUGGAACAACUGGCAAAAUGCUGCUGAAGUCUCAGUGACAGAUUGGUUGCAAUCAUGUAAUAUUGGAACACUUGCAUUGCCUCCAGCUCUAAGAUGAGUAGUUAUGAACUGUGCCAUGGAUUGCUGUGCACGACAGCACACCAGUAACCAAGGGAUAUUUAUUUAUCUCUGAUAGCAUUUGGUCUCACACUGAAAAUCCAAGUCAGUACUUGCAUCAGAAGUGGACCUAGCGUUAACAAUUUAUUUUGAUAUUUCAGUGACAAACCUUCUGUGUAUAUUUGUCAGUGCUGAAGCAAAGGAGUGCAAAAAAAUCAUAUUUACAGAAUAGUAUAAAUGUUUAUUUUUUGUGAUUUAUCUGACUGUUUUAUUUGUACAAUAUAGAAAAGUGUAUUCUUUGAAUAGGUCUUGUAAAUAUAAAUUUAAUUUUUCUACUUUUGGAUGUAAACAGAACUAUAAAAUGAAUCCUUGCCCCAUUCCCAAUUAUUUUUUAUGUAACUGGAUGAACUUGACUGUUAAUCUUGUCCAGCAGUUUGAUGCAAAUGGCUAAGGAAGUACAAAAUCCAAUUCAUACACUCUACACCAGGGAGAAGGGAGAGAGGAAUCCAAGCUUAAUAUUUGAGAAAGCUUGUUCAAAACAAAAUAGAACUAAGAGCAUUUGAUUGCACCUUCAAAGUCUUUACAAGCAAAAUAUUCUCCAGCAAUGCCAUCAUACAUAAUUACAACUGUAAUCUAAAUUUCACAAGUGCUUUUGCACACUGUAUAUAAAUACACAUCACAAAAGGUGCAAUUUAGAGUAAGACACUGAAUAUAUACAAAAUUAACACAGAUUGAAGUCUAAACAAAAGGCAUAUUGCAAUCUGUUUGAAAAAUAACGUAAGUAGGUAUUACUUUAUUCACUUACACUAAUUUACAUUUAUACAAAUCUUACUGGACAGACUAUAUUAGGUCACUAGAAGGGAACGGAAUAUCUGCACUAUCUACAGGUAAAGUUACUGCACUGAUUUUUUAGUUAAUCCAAGUCCUAAUAAUGAAAAAUGUGGCAUUUACUUACACGAGAGGUGGAUUCCCUUUUCAGAGAUUUGCACAAACACUGCUAUUUAUGCUCAGGGAGAUGUCCUUAGCAGAGAGAGCCCUUCAGACAGUGACUGGGUCAGACCUGGUCUGUGAGCCCACCACUGCUGCUGACUGCCUCCCAAGCCCUUCAUGCCUCCCAGGCAUUUCAAGGAGGCACCAGAAGAGGGUCAAGGGCCUUCUGUGCAGUGCACAGGGCUGAGAGGUGAAGCAUCCUCCCACCCUACUGCCUUCACACACAGAGGCACAAAUCUCUGCUGCUGGUGUGCCUAGCCCCUACCUCUCCCCACCCUGGCCCUGCAUUUCUCUGUAUUUACAGUUUUAUAGAAGGAAUACAAAAUCC